UCUUCCCCCGCCCCCCUCUGAACUCCCUCUCCCCGGGGCUGCCGGGCCUCGGGACGUAACACACCCAGCGACGUGACCGGGUCCGUGGUCAUAGCAACCCUGCAUGCGGCUAGAGCGGCCCCGCCCCGGCUGGGGGGGAGGGGCCGCCGCUACUCCGGAGCCGAGAGAAGGGGGCCGGGCCGGCCACGGCUCAGGGAGAGGAGCCUGGGGCCAGGCCAGGUCAGGAGCAUGGGCGUGAGGAUGGAGAGCGGCAGCAGGAGGAGCCCAGACUGAGCAUUGAGUCCGAUUGGGCUUUUGGGCUUGGGAAACAAGCACUGAGUGGUGGCAUCACAUCGUCAUGCACGUCUGGGAUGAUCAUCAGUGGCUGCAGAACUUUCGGAUGAAGAAAGCCGCAUUCAUGGGACUGUUUGAUGAGCUCGCCCCAGCUCUGCGGCACAAAGACAUGAGAAUGAGAGCAUUCUCCCUGUCGUUGGAGAAGAGCGUGGCGAUUGCACUGUGAAAGCUGGCUACUCCAGACUGCUACCGAUCGAUCGCUAAACAGUUCAGAGUGGGAAAGUCAACUGUUGGAUGCGUGUUGACAGAAGUGUGUCAGGCCAUUAAUCGCAUCCUGCUCCAAAAGACCGUGACUUUGGGCAACGUGCGUGCCAUUGUGGAUGUCUUUGCACAGAUGGGCUUCCCUAACUGUGGAGGGGGCGAUAGAUGUGAGCGAAUACCCAGCCAUUCCCAGAUAUGGUCCAGCAAGCCCAUUUAAAGGACAUUUAAGUACUCAGAGUAAUGCUUUUUGCAUUGACUCCUCCCGGAGACUAAAUAACCAGUACCUGAUCAGGGAUCACAUGGCUGUUCAUUAUAACAAAAUCCUUUCAGCCAAAGCAGCCGUAGACUGUUCAGUGCCAAAAAGCAGGUUAACCAGCAUCAAAUUUGCAGACCAACAACGGAGAGAGAAACUCAAGAAGGAAAUUGCCAGGUGUGAGAAGGAGAUGAGCUCAGCAAAAAAUGCCUCAUGGUCCAGCUCCAGAGGGAGCAGGAGGCCUCUGUUAUCCACUUUUGUAAAGAGUUCAUUUGAAGCAGAAGCCAAUGACCAGCUAUCUCCUCAAGCACAAAAUGCACAGAAGUAUUUGUCUAGACCAUUAUUGUCUUCGGAGAGGCAAGGCUUGGAUCUUCCCAACCCUGCAAAAUGUGUUAGAAAAGAUACUCGGAAAACAUCUAAUGCCUCUAUCUCUAAUUCAAGUGUCAGUGUUUCAAGUCCACAAAGAAAAUACUCUGGAGUUUCAUACAGUUCUUCUGCUGAAAGUGUUAUGAAUAUCAGUCCUUCUCACAAGCAUCAGGAUACUGAAUCCAAAGUGUACAGCGGGGAUCUCCUAGAUAGGCACUCUGACCACUUUACUGACAGCCAUGAACCGUUCACUCCACGCACCUUAAAAUCAGAUGCUAAAUCCUUCCUGUCACAGUAUAGGUAUUACACACCUGCUAAAAGAAAAAGGAAGGACCCCCCCAAGCAGCAGGUGGAAGCAGAAACACAAACUGACUUGAGCAGUUUUCAAUCUGAGGCCAGAGAACCUGAGAGAAAAGAUACUACCAUACUGCAGAAGAUCAUAACACAGGCUGAAGUCACAUCUGCUCCAGAUGAGUCUGAGGGAAGGAUGGAUGCUUUUCAGUACUCCUUGCCAAGUGUGACAUCCAUGUAUUCUAUGGAAUCCUCAGCAAUGAGAAAAAUCCAGGCUGAAGAAGAAGAGCUUCGGUAUUUGAGUUUCAUUGAAGAUGUAACAGAUGAAAUUUUGAAGCUUGGAUUAUUUUCCAACAGGGUUUUGGAGAGAUUGUUUGAGCGUCACAUAGAGCAAAAUAAACACCGUUUGGAUGAGAACAAAAUGCGCCACCUACUGGAUGUCCUCAAAGUCGACCUGGGCUGCAGCACAGAGAAAUCUGAGAGAGUCAAUGGCAGCAUGGAAGUGAUUGACCCAUUUGAUCUGGAAAGAUUUGAGACCUUGGACCAGCUCCAAUUUACCAGCAAAAAUUGGAAACAAAAUAAGACUACAAAAAGUGAGGAGUUCCUAAAAGCCAUGGAUUUAUUAUCAAAGGAGACAGACAAACUAAAACACCCCAUACACAGUGAAACUUCAAAGCAGAUUCAUGACAAGGAUAUCUUUUCAAAAGAUAGAACUGAAGUGGCGAGUGUUGGAACAGAUCCUUACUCUUCAGUGCAAUCUGAAGAAGCCCCAGAUAUUUCACACACAUUUGAGCCAACACUGAACUCAACCACGUGUGACAGUGACUUUGAAUCAAAUAAGGAACUUGAUGAUCUUGAGGAAAACUUUGCAGAGGCCCUUCAAAUUUCCUCUAUGUAAAGUAGUAGACAAGAACUAGCUGCAGAACAAGACAGUAGACUGUUGCAGAGAGCUGACGUUUGUUAAAUAAAUGCUAGUGAAUCAUUCAUUUUACCUUUAACUUUUCUCUUUGGACACUGCUAUAGCCUCUCCAGCAGGAGUACAAGUAUUAUUAAUCAGGCUUUAACUGAUUCAUGUACUAACAUACACCUGUAGUGUGUCAAAUGUCACUGGUUAAAAAGGACUUUAUAUAUUUCAGCUAAGUGUCUAAUUUGGAAAUAACUGUUGAAAGUGCUAAAAUUAGAGGUAUAUAUUUUUAGGAUUAUUAGAGAUGUAAUAAUAAGUUAUAUUAUUUAUUCUUUGUUUUUAUAAUAAAUGAGUGCAAUAACUGAAGCGUUUAAAGAACAGUUGUAAUAUAAUAAGCUUUUGCCACCAAGAGCUAAUAUCACAGCUUACGCUGUUACUGAACAUUUCAGUAUCACUUUGCAGGAAGAAUUCAGGAUUGAUCAGCAUCAAAAACAAGACACAGAGUUUAGUGUCUGCAGGAAAUGUGCAGAGUGAACAUGGAGUCUCUUGCAUCCACGUUGGAGGGGAUUUCUGCAUCUCUUGGCACUCCUAGUCCAUUGUUCAAGGCUGUCCUAAAUUCCCAAGAGGAGAUGAACCCCUCUUCAAAUCCAGUUACAUAGUCUGAAACAUGAGCAUUUCUCUGUGCCAGUGACUGGCUGCUAGGGGGUGAUCACUCCUCCUUUCACUCCCUUCUUUCCUGUAUUCAUCGCCAGAUCUUUUCUACCCUGUCUUUACCUGCUGUAGAAAGCAGUGGGACUUCUCCCAUAAUAGCAACCCUCAGUCUUCACUUAACCUCCCGCCGUCUUGCUUGGCUAAGAAAGGAUAUCUUUCGGUAACUGCUGCAGUUGGCUGGCUUUGUUGGUACACUGUUUUAAUCUGGAUGUUCAUGACUCAAUUGAUAUUUUAGGAGGGUGGAGAUUUUGCAACAGUUGUCAAACUGCACAACACUAAAAUGUACAGCUCAGUUUCCUGCACUGAGGAAAGCCUUGAUUUAAAGUGCUGCAUAUAUUUUUGUUUUAAUAAAUUGACGAAAGUUGGGCUUUAAUUCAAGAUCAGGAGUGUUUGGCUAAAACAUCAGGCAUCAUGUAGAAAAUGUAGAAAGGGCAGGUUUUUAUUUAAAUAUGUAUUUCUACUAGUACACAUGAAACGUACUGCACUGACAAACUGAGAGACUGAAGUUCUUUGUUUAUCUAUAGUACAGCUACAGCCUGAACAGUGGCUGAGCAAGCUUCAUGCAGUAGCUGCACCGAUGUGUCUCCACCAGUACCACCUGUUAAAGAGGGGUUAAUGCCAUAGGGAAGCACUGUGGGUUGCUCGACAUUGUCCUGGUAUCUUACACUAUCUUACACUUCAGUAUUUUUAAGUGUAUAAUUAGUUGGUUCAACAUUUACCUAAAUGGAUUGGGCCUGAGAAUACAUAUGGAUAAGUCACAGCUUGCUACUUUUCCCCUUAAAUUACUGACAUUCAUCUUCCUGAUCCAGUUCAUCCUGAAGUAUCUGUGAGAAAUAAGUAAUUGUCUUUGCUGUAGUGGAACAGCACAACUGAAGAGGCUAAACAAAGGCUAUGAUUAAUUAUAAGAAACUUUAGGGACUGGAAAAGGGCACCUGUUCCAGUGUACCUGCUCUUUUCUUGGUUUUAUCUCUUAAUCUCCUUCUUCCAAAAACAAGGUUAGGUGGCUAGAGCUCAUUUACACAACUCUACCUGUUUCCUUCCCUCCAUUUUCUGAUUGACUGUCUUUCCCAAACAAUUUUGCAAAAUAAGGAACUAGCUACAACUGCUAACUUCAGCUCCAAUAGGUGCAGUUACUUGUGUGGUUGCAAUUUUCAGAAAUUAAUGUAGCAAAGGCCACUUCAUUGAUAAGAUUUAUCAAUAGUGCAAGCUUGUUUUUUGGUCUGUCUGUGUUCUUCUGUAUUGCCUUAGUACCACAGUAUCUGUUUUCUCUUGCACAAUAUUCAAGUUUUGCCAGAAGUAGUGUUAAACCAAAAUAUUAUGGUGGGAAUGAGACAGUCACAACCUCUACCAUUACGAUUGUAAAUGCUGUGUCCUGACUUACACUCUGUACAUUUCUAGUCAAUAAGGGUCGGUGUCAGAGAAGAACGUGACCCUAAUAGUGUUCAUCUUUAUUUCAAAUUACACUUACAACUACUGCACCAGUGGCUGUUACUUAAUUAGAACUGGAGACUUUGCUUACAGUCAAAUAUUAUCACCUUGUCAACACUUUCCCUAAUGAUAAAAAAUGUUUCUACUUAUUAGUCCUGCAUAAGACAGUAACUUAUUUGGGUUCAUGAUAACCAGCAUUAAUAAAUGACUCUGGUUCUCUACUGUUCUUGCACCAUUUACACCUGUCCAGAAUGGGGGUAAAGAUAGCAGUUCACACCCACUUUGCCUAGAUGCAAAUGACCAUACCGGGCAAGUGGGGAAACAGACCCUAUAUCUAGUAAUUUAUAGAGGUGCUGUUUCUUGUUGAUGCUAGCACUGUAAAGGGGGCUGAAAGUAAGAGUAACUUAUUCCUUUU